AUGCCCUUUUCUUUUGAAUCUUUCGAAUUCUCCCAAGAGUGCGAUGCCGAUGUCUACGUAAUGAUUCGGUUCAGGCAUGAUGGACAGAUUGUACUCUUCAUCCCGAGCAAAGCUUUGCCACUCUCACAAGAGCAAUUGGCUUCUUCCUACCCAACACCCAAGGAAAUCACGUGGGACGAGCUGGCAGCACAAUAUGAUAAAACCAAGAGCUGA